CGCUAUACUUGACCAAAUUGAAUGCAAGUGAGCCGCUGCCCCUUUCCCCGUUCACUCCGCUUCCCAGACGUGGCACCGGCGCACCGCAUGUGGUCGCAAGUCAACCCAAUGCAUUGACCGCAAACCCGCGCGCGCCGCGAGCUCAAAGAGUCCACAAUCCACACCACCAUGUGCUCGCCGCCUCACCGCCCCUCCGGCCCUUCCCGCCUCACCGCAAGAACGGGCACGGACGCGGACACGCCGCGUUGUGCUCUGCCACCCGGCCAAUGCGGAAGCCACCACUCGUCCCGGCCAGCCUCAUCCUCGACCUCGAGGUCCCACUCCUCGUCAUCCUUGCCCUCGCGACCCUCGCCGCCAAUGCUGCGACGCCAGCGUCGCCGGCCGACGCGCUGUUGGCGUGGAAGUCGAGCUUGGGCAACCCGGCGGCGCUGUCCACGUGGACGAACGCCACCCAGGUCUCCAUCUGCACCACCUGGCGAGGGGUCGCAUGCGACGCCGCCGGCCGCGUCGUGUCGCUCCGUCUGCGCGGGCUUGGCCUCACGGGUGGCCUGGACGCGUUCGACCCGGGCGCGUUCCCGAGCCUCACCUCCCUCGACCUCAAGGACAACAACCUGGUCGGCGCCAUCCCGGCGUCGCUCUCGCAGCUGCGCGCUCUGGCCACGCUCGACCUGGGCAGCAACGGGCUCAACGGCACCAUCCCGCCGCAGCUCGGCGACCUCUCGGGCCUCGUCGAACUCCGCCUCUACAACAACAACCUCGCCGGCGUGAUCCCGCACCAGCUGAGUGAACUGCCAAAGAUCGUCCAGCUCGACCUGGGGUCCAACUACCUGACUAGCGUCCCGUUCUCACCGAUGCCCACGGUGGAGUUCCUCUCGCUCUCCCUCAACUACCUCGACGGCAGCUUCCCGGAGUUCGUGCUCAGGAGCGGCAACGUCACCUACCUCGACCUGUCGCAGAACGCCUUCUCCGGUACGAUCCCGGACGCGCUGCCGGAGCGGCUGCCGAACCUGCGGUGGCUUAACCUGUCAGCCAACGCGUUCUCCGGCCGGAUCCCAGCAUCGCUCGCGAGGCUGACGAGACUCAGGGACAUGCACCUUGGCGGCAACAACCUUACUGGCGGCGUCCCGGAAUUCCUCGGGUCCUUGUCGCAGCUGAGAGUCCUUGAGCUCGGCAGCAACCCGCUCGGCGGACCGCUCCCGCCGGUUCUUGGCCGGCUCAAGAUGCUGCAGCGUCUCGACGUGAAGAACGCCAGUCUGGUCUCCACCCUGCCGCCGGAGCUCGGCAGCCUCAGCAACCUCGAUUUCCUGGACCUCUCAAUUAACCAGCUCUCUGGGAACUUGCCGUCGUCGUUCGCUGGGAUGCAGAAGAUGCGGGAGUUCGGCAUAUCAUCCAACAAUCUCACCGGCGAGAUCCCAGGGCGGCUAUUCACGAGCUGGCCGGAGCUCAUAUCUUUCCAAGUGCAGAACAACUCGCUUCAGGGCAGAAUCCCACCGGAGCUCGGCAAGGCGACGAAGCUGCUAAUCUUAUACCUCUUCAGCAACAAUCUCACCGGCGAGAUCCCGCCAGAGCUCGGCGAGUUGGCGAACCUGACCCAACUGGAUUUGUCGGCGAACCUACUUAGGGGAUCGAUACCAAACUCACUCGGCAACCUGAAGCAGCUCACGCGGCUGGAGCUCUUCUUCAACGAGCUCACCGGCCAGUUGCCGCCGGAGAUCGGCAACAUGACGGCGCUGCAAAUCUUGGACGUCAACACCAACAAUCUGGAAGGCGAGCUGCCUCCCACCGUCUCGUUGCUGAGGAACCUCCGGUACCUGUCAGUGUUCGACAACAACAUGAGUGGCACCGUACCGCCGGACCUCGGCGCAGGGCUGGCGUUGACCGAUGUGAGCUUCGCGAACAACAGCUUCUCCGGCGAGCUGCCGCAGGGCCUCUGCGACGGCUUCGCGCUGCACAACUUCACGGCGAACCACAAUAACUUCAGCGGCAGGCUGCCGCCGUGCUUGAAGAACUGCUCCGAGCUGUACCGGGUGCGGCUGGAGGGGAACCGCUUCACCGGCGACAUCUCGGAGGCGUUCGGGGUCCACCCCAGCAUGGACUACCUGGACAUCUCCGGGAACAAGCUGACCGGCCGGCUCUCGGAUGACUGGGGACGAUGCACCAGGACCACGCGCCUGAAGAUGGAUGGCAACAGCAUAUCAGGCGCCAUCCCGGCGGCGUUCGGGAACAUGACGAGCUUGCAGGACCUCAGCUUGGCCGCGAACAACUUGGUAGGAGCCGUUCCACCCGAGCUGGGUAAUCUCAGCUUCUUGUUCAGCCUCAACCUGAGCCACAACUCCUUCUCCGGGCCGAUUCCGACAAGCUUGGGCCGAAAUUCCAAACUGCAGAAAGUUGAUCUGUCAGGGAACAUGCUUAGUGGAGCCAUACCAGUGGGCAUCGACAAUCUUGGCUCGCUAACCUAUCUUGACCUGAGCAAGAACAGACUGUCAGGGCAGAUACCAAGUGAGCUCGGCGACCUAUUCCAGCUGCAGACCCUGCUUGAUCUGAGCAGCAACUCGCUGUCCGGUCCGAUCCCUUCGAAUCUCGUGAAGCUGGCGAACCUACAGAAACUGAAUCUGUCACACAACGAGCUCAACGGUUCAAUCCCAGUCAGCUUCUCUCGCAUGUCGAGCCUGGAGACUGUCGAUUUCUCUUACAACCAGCUCACCGGCGAGAUACCGUCAGGCGACGCAUUUCAGAGCUCAUCGCCUGAGGCUUACAUCGGGAACCUAGGGCUCUGCGGCGACGUGCAAGGCGUUCCUUCCUGCGACGGCAGCUCCACCACCACGUCAGGGCAUCACAAGAGAACGGCCAUUGCAAUAGCUCUCUCGGUAGCUGGGGCAGUAGUGUUGCUGGCAGGCAUUGCCGCCUGCGUCGUCAUCCUCGCAUGCAGAAGGAGACCCAGGGAACAGAGAGUGCUGGAGGCAAGCGACCCUUACGAGUCCGUGAUCUGGGAGAAGGAAGCGAAGUUCACGUUCCUCGACAUCGUGAGCGCCACGGACAGCUUCAGCGAGUUCUUCUGCAUAGGCAAAGGCGGGUUCGGGAGCGUGUACAGGGCGGAGCUCCCCGGCGGGCAGGUCGUGGCCGUGAAGCGCUUCCACGUGGCCGAGACGGGAGAGAUAUCGGAGGCCGGCAGGAAGAGCUUCGAGAACGAGAUCAGGGCGCUGACGGAGGUCCGCCACCGGAACAUCGUCAGGCUCCACGGCUUCUGCUGCACCAGCGGAGGCUACAUGUACCUGGUGUACGAGUACCUGGAGAGGGGCAGCCUGGGGAAGACGCUGUACGGGGAGGAGGGCAGGGGGAAGCUGGGCUGGGGCACCAGGGUGAAGGUGGUCCAGGGGGUCGCUCACGCCCUGGCCUACCUGCACCACGACUGCAGCCAGCCCAUCGUCCACCGUGACAUCACCGUCAACAACGUCCUGCUCGAGUCCGAGUUCGAGCCGCGGCUGUCUGAUUUCGGCACGGCCAAGCUGCUCGGCUCCGCUUCCACAAACUGGACUUCUUUAGCAGGAUCCUAUGGCUAUAUGGCUCCAGAGUUGGCGUACACGAUGAACGUCACAGAGAAAUGCGACGUGUACAGCUUCGGAGUGGUCGCCCUGGAGGUGAUGAUGGGGAAGCAUCCCGGCGACCUCUUGACCUCGCUGCCGGCGAUCUCCUCUUCCGGAGAAGAAGACCUGUUGCUCCAGGACAUACUGGACCAGCGGCUGGAACCUCCGACGGGUGACCUUGCGGAGGAAAUCGUGUUCGUGGUGCGAAUCGCGCUCGCUUGCGCACGGGCAAACCCUGAGUCGCGGCCGUCCAUGCGGUCAGUCGCUCAGGAGAUAUCGGCCCGUACUCAGGCUUAUCUUUCGGAACCGUUCAGACAGAUCACGGUAAGCAAGCUAACGGACUACCAGAAGUGAUGUUUGCCUGCUGCGCAAAGGUUACAAGAUCAACAAGUGCUGCUGGCUACAGUGACCAUACUAUUAUUUAUUUGUUGAAAUUGCAGUGUAACUGUUAGAUUUAUGGGCUACACCCAAUUAAGAAAUUCAAUUAAAUGCUAAAAAACACAAAAGACAUGUAUGACAAGGGAAUUGUGGAACUAAUAUUCCACAUAGCUAUCUCAAAUGGAGUGAGACUAGUUUAUAUGUGAA